AUGGACAGGUAUGAGAGUACAUUCCAUAAGUUCGUGAACAGUCAUGAAAAUUACAUGAAGUAUGAGAGAGAUGAAGAGAAAAGAGAAUUGAUGACUGAUAAUUACAAUAGUCAAAGAGAUAUGAAACUGCAGCUAGAUUGCAUGAUUGAUGUGUGGAAAAGUAAUAAGGAAAGAUUCCAGAACCCACCAUCAGAAUCUGGUUUUAGUAUCACAUCCCGUAAGAGCCGAAGUAGCAGAGUGUCCAGUAGAAGCAGCAUAAUUGAGAGGCGAAGAGCGCUAGAAGAAACAAAGUUGAAAAUGCAAACACUGAAGGAGAAGCAAGAAUUAGAACGCCAGUUAGAUUUAGUACAGCAAAAGAAGACAGAACUCAACCGCAAGAUUGAACUGUUAAGUGCAGAAUCUGAGCUUAAACAAGCGAAAAUUGAUCUAGUGAUGGAACAGGCCCCUGAUAAUAGAGAUGAUGAUGGAAGGGAACUCUUAGAUGAGUUUCGGAUAGAUAUCGAGCAAGAUAACCUAAUCCCUGACCCACCUGUCGAGCAACAUAACCUAACCCCUGACCCACCUGUCGAGCAAGAUCACCCUAACCUAGAACCAACUUAUUCUAUUUCCACAACUUUCCCUGACCCAAGACAAAGGACCAUGUUAUCACAACAUGUGACACCAAGCUCACACAACCCUCAUAGUUCAGACCUGCAGCACAGUGCACCGGUAGAAAGAUCUGUGACGGACACACCUCACCUUAGUAGAACGGAACAAAGAAAGAAUAUUAGACUGAAUGCCACAUCUCCAGAAUAUAUUCCCAGUAACAAUGUUCAGACCGCGACAGAGCAAGAAACCUAUGCUCAAAUGGAUGCAUGGAGCUCUAUAGCACAGAUAAUUAAGGAAGGACCUUCCUUACCGAAAGUAGAAUUGAUGAAGUUUUGUGGAGAUCCCCUAGAGUAUGUUGAGUUCCUGACAAACUUUAAGGACAACAUAGAGUCGCAAGUAAGAGAUGAGUCACAAAGAUUCACCCGGCUAUUAGCGCAGUGUACUGGGAAAGCAAGAGAUGCAAUUAGGAGCUGUGUUAACCUAGAUGCUGAUCAAAGGUACAAAGAAGCGAUGAGCGUGCUUCUUGAAAACUUUGGUCAACCACAUAUGAUUGUUGAAGCCCACAUGAAAAGGCUGAAAGAGCUACAGAUCAAAAGAUCCGAUGCAGUUGCAUUGAUGGAGUUUGUGCGUUAUCUAGAAGAUUCAGAAAGAGCUCUUAGAAGAAUGGGAAAUGGUUACUCGAGUAGACUCGAUAAUGAAGACGUAAUAGUAAUGCUAAUGAAGAAGCUCCCCGAGGAUAGUCUGAAAAGAAAGUGGGCAGACAAAGCUGGAGACAUCAUUAAAAGCAAGGGACUAGUAACAUUCAAUGAUUUUGUGAGUUUCCUGAAGCAUAUUGCUGGACGCAUCAACAAUAUAUAUGGAAGAGAGCUCAAACUAACGAACGAGGCCAAGAGGCUGCCGACGACUAGGCUCAGAUAUGAUCAACCAAGAGGAAUCCAUACAAGUGCCACGCAGAAUAGAUUUGACGAUGAUCAGAAAACGCAGAAGUUCCGAAAAUGUCCACAGUGUUCUGCCCCACAUGGCGUCUGGAGAUGCCAAGUGUUUAAAUCAGCCGGACUGGAAGAUCGUUUGAAAACAGUAAAACAGCACAGGCUCUGUAAUAUAUGCUUGGACGAAGGUCAUUUUGCGAAGUCUUGCAGGAGCGGGUUCACCUGUCGUGUAGGUGGCUGUGGGAUGAGUCACCAUUACCUCAUUCACAGAGAACAAAACACAAAGAAGGAUGAUCAAAGAAAGAAGGACGAUCAAACAAACAAGGAUAACGCUGACAAGUCUAGAGAACAAACCCCGAGAAAAGAGAACGAAGUCGCACAACGAAACACUACUGAAGAGAAACAGAAGCUAACAAACGCGCAUUUGUCAGCAUCCUUGCCCGAAAGCCCUCUAGAUGAUCCAAUCAACGUUAAUGCCGUCAAGGCUAACAAGCCGCGUGUUUGCUUUAAGGUCGUCCCAGUCAGAGUGAGUGUUCCCACCAGUGAGAAAGAGUUUGUCACACAUGCGUUUUUAGACAGCGGUUCGGAUGCGACACUUUGCUUAGAGAGCCUUGUUCGAGAACUUUCAGUAGAGAACGCUAAGCCAGUAAGGUAUACGAUGACUACGGUGAAUUGCGAGCAAGAACGGAUCGGUUAUGAAGUACGAUUGAACAUAGAAUCACUAUCGGGCGGUGAGAAGUUCGAGUUAGAGAAUGUAUUGACUACCGAUAGUUUGCCAGUGACCCCAAAGCACGUAGCUGAUAAUGAUGAACUCAAGGAGUGGCGACAUUUACGAGACUUGGUUUUGCCAGAAACCGACGAUAAGCACAUCACAAUAUUAAUUGGUAGCGACCGGCCAGAUAUCAUUGAUAGCUGCCUUGAUAGACGGGAUGGUGAGAAAGGAGAACCAUGUGCGGUCAAAACGCCUUUGGGAUGGACAGUAUAUGGCCCGAUGGGAAAUGCCGAGGAUGAAAGCGUCUCGGUCAGUCUCACUCGCUCAGAAUAUGAUACAUUGGAUCAUAAACUAGAACGUAUGUUUAACGCGGAGUUUGACGACAUUAAUGAAGAUUUGGAAGAAAGCAUGUCUGUUGAGGAUCGAGUGGCGAAGCAGAUGAUGAUCGAAACGACAACGUUGAAAGAUGGCCAUUACCAGAUUGGACUACCAUUCAAACACAACCCACCACACCUCCCAGACAGCCUGCCCACAGCGAGAAAAAGAUUAGAAUAUCUAAAAUCGAGGAUGGAAAGAAAUCCCGUGUUCCACGAGAAGUACAGCAAGGUGAUGAAAAAAUAUGAAGAGGAAGGAGCAGCUCGAGAAGUACCCGACGAUGACCUUGCAAAGCUUAAGCCACUGUGGUACCUACCUCACCACGCUGUAUGGCACCCGAGAAAGCCCGAAGAGCCGAGAGUUGUCUUCGAUUGUGCCUCUAAAACUGAGGGAGUUUCAUUGAAUGAUGAGAUGAGAUACAGGGUCCAGAAAACACCAGCACACUAUUGGGCGUGA